CCACUCCUGGUUCCGCCUGAACAAAGACCUGCCCCCUUUUUUUCCCCCUCCGUGAGGAUUUCUCCUUCGCUCGUCGUUACUUUUACGUGUAAUCACGAUUACUAAAUCGGAUUACGACAAAUUAUUGUAUUCUAAGUGCUUUUGGUGGUCACACGCGGCGUCCGUAAUGGACUUGGAGUUCAACGAAAGCUGCGUCGAGACCAAAUCGGCCAUACAUUCGUGGCGUUAUCGCCACCAUUUCACGUACAAGGCAGAUCAGGGCAAAAAUAUCAUCGUGCAAUGUAAUCUGUGCCUGCCGAGGGUAAACCUGCUCUCUACGUCCAAGACGUCCACGUCGAACCUAAAGAAGCACCUGGACAGAACCCAUUUAGGAUGCGAAGCCAGGCCAGACGCGAAGCGAGGGAGGAAGAAGGAAGAAUACAAUGGCGAGGAAAGCGGCCAUUGUCAACUCAAGAAGCUCAAAGCAGAAAUCAUGUCCAAAUGCAUGACCCAAGAGAAGAUCGACGACCUUGUCUUUAACUACAUUGUGGAGGACUGUCAGUCAUUUCAAAUCCUGGAGCAGCCCGGCUUUAGGAAGCUGAUAAUGGGCCUGACUGAGGGUCUCCAACCCAUGGACAGGGUGAUCUUAUUCUCUAAAGUGGACCUGAGUUUCUCCAAGAUGCGUGAUGAGCUGAUGGCCAAGCUCGCCUGCGUUCAGUACGUGUGCACCACGGCCGACUUGUGGACCGUCGGCAAAGGAAGAUUCUUCGGCAUGACUUGCCACUGGAUAGACAGCGGCUCGCUGGAGCGCAAGUCGGCCGCGCUGGCCUUCGCCAUGAUGGCGGGCCGGCUCACCUAUGACUCCGUGGCCGAGAGAAUACACGAUAUCCACGUGGCGUACGGUAUCGAGAGCAAAGUUCAAACCACAGUAACUGACAACGCCAGCCCCUUCGUCAACGUGUUCAAAGAGUUCAUGCUGGACGCUACCGAUUGCAACAACGACAUUGGGGUUUUCGAGAACGUCGGCGUCAUGCUAGAAGGUGAGCCGGAGCAGGACAUGUUGCUGUUUUUGCCCACCAUCCAACGGUGCGCGUCACACACCUUAGAGCAGAUAGUCACCGAGGACUUCUGGCGGGCCGUGUCACAGGGACCCAUGUGCCAGCUUUUUUACACCUCCAUGUCCAAAGUUUACUCCAUCUGGAGUAAAUGCCAUCAACUCCAGGUUGGCAUGGAAGUGGCAGAGGAGAUCCGAAAGAUGGCCUUGUUUGUUCCAGCCAUCAUCCGAUGGAACGUGGAGUACUGCGCCCUGCAGAAGAUCGUCUCUCUCACGGAACGGGAGCUGACGGAGCUCUCGGCCCGUUUGGACGUGCCGCGCCUGCAGCCCGAGGAGAUGGACUUUCUCAAAGAAUAUGUUACUGUGUUUCACCCGCUGGCUUUCGCGCUGGAGCUUUUCCAAGCCGAGCAGAAAUGCUACCUAGGCCUGGUCAUCCCGACUGUCCUCAGUCUGAAGAACAAGCUGAGCGAGCACAAGGACUCCUCCAAGUACUUUGGCGACGUGGUGGUCACCAUAGUGAGAGCCAUCGACACGCGCUUCCGGGAGUUGUUUGCCAGCAACGAGGCCCGCUUCGCCACGGCGACCACACCUCAGUUCCGCCUUUGGUGGCUUGCUGCCUCCGAGAGGGAGGACAUGUGCUCUCUGCUAGCCACGGAGGCUUCCCAGGUAGACCCCUGCGACAUGAUCGUGGUGAACACUUCUCAAAACAUUUCCACCAUCAAAUCCGAAGACGACUUCUUCAGUUAUGGCUCACCCAAACUCACCUCUCACAUCCAAGAGCGCGGCGUCACAGAUGAGAUCCGCAAGUACGUUGAUGGAACCGGAAAGAGCUUGGAGUGCCUGCAGGACUUCCCCAGGGUCAAGCAGUUGUUCCUCAAGUACAACACCACCUUGCCGUCCACGGCGCCAAUUCAGAGGCUUUUCAGUGAGAAAGGGAACCUGGCCACCUCGCAAAGGAACUUCCUGACCGAUGACUAUUUUGAGCGCAUUCAGCUGCUUAGAUACAACAUCAAUGUGUGCUCUGUGCUCAACUGUUGAAAAAAUCGGUGUGUUAAAACCGGAACCUCUUCCGACUAUCUUACUCCCUUUGGGACGAUCCUGGCACUGUGGUAGUAGGGAACCUCCAACUGGUGUUUUGUGUUCAUUAAAAGCCAAUUAAUUAUACAGUGGUAUGAAAAAGUAUCUGAACAUUUUGGAAUUUCUCACAUUUCUGCAUAAAAUCACCAUCAAAUGUAAUCUGAUCUUUGAUCUUUAACUAAAACCACCCAAACAUUUAUAGGUUUUCAUAUUUUAAUGAGGAUAGCAUCAAUGUUCCCUCUGUACUGCACAUGUGCAAUAGCGCACUGCUUGCACAUACUCUGCACACAAAAUCUAUGCUGCGCACAAAAAAAAAAAUUUCAACAGAAACGUUAAUUGCGUUGUAACUCGGUGAGUGACAGGUGUCCAGCCAAUGACACGAUAAGGUUCACUUCCGCUAAGUAGCCAAUCAUAACAUUUACAUUGCUUGUGUAUUGCCCAGCCUACACGCGCCAUGCAGGUUAGCAAGCCGACAAAAGUGUGGCGGAACGAACGGGCAGCGACACUUCCACUCACCAAGCCAAAGUAAAAAAUGAAAUGCGGUUCAUUUAAGAUAGAGUGGCUGUCGUAGCAUGUGCAGAUAGACGAACAAGCGGUGAAACUGUGAGAUUUUUUCUUUUUCGAGUGAGAAAGGUCUACUCUGUAAAAUAUGCAGCGAAGCCAAAGUACCAAGUGAGUUUUCAGAGGGAAAAAUGUGGACUGAAUGGAAGUUGGACUACCUCAAGCGUCAUAUUCAGCUGAAAAGUCAUUUGAAAGCUGUUGAAAAUGUGCGAGGACUCAAGAUGGGACAGGGGAUUGGUGCAUUAUUGCGGGAGAAUGCAAAAGACCGACAGAAGAGAAAUGAGCUGUCACACAAAACAAAAUCUGACCCAGAGCAUUCUCAUUGACAGUAUUUUACUUGCCAUCAAAAUGAAUGCAUCAAUGCUGUCAGUUCAACGUAAGCGCAUAAAGUCAAAGCAAAAAGCAGAUGAAGCGAUCAACCCGGACAAAGCGUACAGCCAUUGGAAUAGUGUAAAGGCCAGAGGUGAAAAAUAAGGUACAAUUUAAAUCAGAUUGGUCUGUCUUCUAUUGACAUUUAUUAAGAUUUUUUUAAUUGUGGCUAUUAAUCAUUAAAUGCUGUUACCACUAGAUAAUUUCUGGGCAGUAGAAAUGCUAAUAGGCGUGAUACUGGUGUGUGGCCGCCAUGUACACAUCUGAUGUUGCUCACCGUGAUCCGCAGUGUGCUCAGGGAGCUUGUGUGUUUGCUCAGACACAUGAAAAAUUAGAGGGAACAUUGGAUAGCAUGCAAAUAACGACAGAAGGGGGAAAAUAAGUAAGUGAACCCUCUGCCUAAAAAGAUUUAAAGAGCAAUUGAAACAAAUUUUUACCAAACAUUUAAAGUCAGGUGUGUGCCCAAUCACUGAUGAGUGGUUUAAAGCUGCCCUGCCCACUAUAAGACAAAAAACUGGUUAAAAAAUCUUGAUGAGAAGCAUUGUCUGAUGUGUUUCAUGGCUUGGUCAAAAGAGCUGUCUGCGAUCAAGGAUUGUUGAUCUGUAUAAAACUGGGAAAGGACACAAAAUCAUCUUUAAAGGUCUGGAUGUUUAUCAAUCGACAGUCAGAGAAGUUAUCUACAAAUAGAGUUUGGCACUGUUGCUUCUCUCCCAUAGAGUGGCUGUCCAUCAAAGAUGAUGCCAAGAGUUAAGCGCAGAAUACUCAGAUUAAAAAAUAACCCUAGAGUGUCUGCUAAAGACAAACUUGCACAGUCAAAUAGCUCUGUGCACAAAUCAACUAUACAGUGCCUUGCAAAGUGGAACAACAUUUAUUGGAUAAUUUAAACUUUUUAACAAAUAAAAAACUGAAAAGUGGGGCGUGCAAUAUUAUUCGGCCCCUUUACUUUCAGUAACAGGAACAGCUCACCAACAUCAACACCUCAUCCCCACUGUGAAGCAUGGUGUCGGGAGAAUCAUGAUUUGGGGCUGUUUUGCUUCCUUAGGGCCUGGACAACUUGGAAUCAUUAAUGGAAGAAUGAAUUCAAAAGUUUAUCAGGAUGUUUUUCAGGAAAACCUGAGGCCUUCUGUCAGACAGUUGAAGCUAAAAAGAGCAUGGAUGCUGCAACAAGACAAUGAUCCAAAACACACUAGUAAAUCAACUUCAGAAUGGUUUCAGAAGAACAAAAUACACGUUCUGGAGUGGCCAAAGUCACUCCAGACUUGAACCCCAUUGAGAUGCUGUGGCAUGACCUAAAGACGGUGAUUCAUGCCAGACGUCCCAGGAAUCUGACUGAACUACAGCAGUUUUGUAGAGAAGAAUGGGCCAAGAUUAGUCCUGAUCGAUGUGCCAGACUGAUCUGCAGCAACAGGAAGCGUCUGGUUGAAGUUAUUGCUGCCAAAGAGGGUGGGGGGGGGGCACAAAAUAUUAAAUAUCCUCAUUAAAAUAAAAAAAACUAUAAAUGUUUGGGUGGUUUUGGUUACAGGAGACUGUUUUUUCACCUGUAUGGUUUUGACAAAGAUCACAUCAAAUUUGAUGAUUUUAUGCAGAAAUGUGAUAAAUUCCAAUGGGUUCAGAUACUUUUUCAUACCACUGUACCUCAAUUAUUUUAAAAUCCCACAAUAAUGUUUGUCAGACGAUCUACCAAAAAAAAAAAAAAAAAAACAAUCUCUGCUUUCUUCCCAGGACAUAUAUGAAUAAAGACCGCGUUUCAGAGCAACAGGUGGUUUUUAAAAAGCAUCAAUCACAGUAGGGAGUGGUGAUAAAAAUGAUAUGAAAACGAGAACUGCAUCAAUUGACCUUUCGAAAAAGCUCCGCCCCCUUAGUUACGGUUGCUAAACCAGCAUGCUUCGUGACUCUUAACGACACAGGCCAUUGCAGGCAGACGUACAUUAUACUGGCAUUUUAAACGAUUCAUUUUGGAGUAAUACCAGUGCAAAAUCCUCCAGAUUGAGGCAAAAGAGGUUACGAUAUGCAGCGGAGGGUUAUAUUUGUAACAUACAAAUUGUAGCAAGAUAUAGAGGCCAAAUCAUACAAAUUAAAGUUUCCUUUCUCAAAAUAGUACAGGAAAAAUAAAAUCAAGGCGCUUGUUAGGGCUGCAGCUAUCGAUUAUUUCAGUAGUCGACUAAUCUUAUAACUGGUUAUUUCAAAUAAUCGGAUUAGGAACAUUUAAUGCGUUGCAGAAUAAAUUUUAGAUGUAAAACAUAACGAAGGUUGCCCCUUCAAAAGAGCAUUUAAUGCAAGUACAAAAUUAUCUGGUGUUUCUCCAAACUAUGCAGAAUUGCACUUUCAUUUAAAUAAUGAUAGAUUAAUAAAUUUAAAUCAAUUUAAAUACCUGAGCUUAGCCUUAAUUGGUAUAAAGAAAAAAAAUGAGGAACUAAGUACGAGAACAAUUGUCUAACUUGCAUCCAAAAGUCCGCUAGCUUAAAUGCUAUACUUUUUUUUUUUUUUUUAAACAAUGCUCUUAACAAAUCGUUCACAUAGUCCCACAAAAAAGCUGGAUUCAGCCAUGAUAAAUGAGUUAUUUCAUAUUCACUAGUUGCCAUUACAGGGCAGUUUUUCCACCCAAAUCAAUGAAUUAAAUACAAACACUUUCAAAAGAAACGAUUAAACGAAUACCCGAAGCAGCAACAUAUUUUUCUAACUUUUUGUCUAAUCGAAUUACUCGAGUUAAUCGAUUAAUCGUUGCAGCAUUGAUUAACUUAAAAAGGGGAAGCACCCAUCGGAUUGCAAAUGACAUUAAGCUAACUUUAGCUAAUGAAACAGCUACAUUGUUUAGACUUCGAUAACUAACCCAGCAGAGCAUGGUAGUAAUGUGUUACAUUUACUCAGUUAUAUUUACUUACCUUUUGAGGAAAAAUGUACUUAGAUUUAUCACGCAAUAAUGUUACUUUUACUCGAGUAGAUUUGUGAAGAAGAAACACUACUCUUACUCCGCUAAUUUAGGCUACACUAGUCGUUACAUUUUUCCUAUUUCUACACGGUGACUAUUUUUGCCAGAGAUGGCGACAGAGGUAAUGUUUUUUCUCCACUAGAGGGCACUUAUGCUCUUUGGACAGGUGAUUCCAGUUUUGUUCUGGUCUGAAUUCGAUUAUUUUUGUGUCAUCUUUUUGGCCAGUAUGGUCAUAUAAUAGGUAAUAGUACAAUGAUAACAGUUCAUACAGAUGAAAUUGUGUUGAGAGAAAAAACGUUUUAAAAAAUCAGACAUUGUAAGGAGUUACAAUUAAUUAUUACUUGAGUAUUCUUUUCAGUGAACUUUUUUACUUGUACUUUAGAUUUUUGGAUGACUACUUUUGAGUAUUAUUUAGAAGGAACAGUACUCGAGUAAAAUUUUUGGCUACUCUACCCACCUAUGAACUCCAGCUUUGAUAUCCAUUUUUAUGAAUGUUGCAGCCUCUACUAAAGCAAGCAGGCUAGCUUGGUAGACUCUGGCAUUAGCUUACUCUUACCAUAUAGCACAUGUAUGAGUGCCUGUUUAUUUUUUAGACCUGGGAGUGAGGCCACCCCAAUUUUUAUCCAUCGAAGGCACCAGUCAAGUUGUUUUCGGCUUUGGGAAGAGUACCGCACACCUCCAGAUAAACUCUAAGUACCUCGUGUCAUUCACAUAAGCCAUUGGCACAACGCGUCACCAUUUUGGAUGUCCAGUUGUUCUUUCCAGGCCUUCCGUAAAGUUGUAGAUUUGUUAGCAGUCAGGUCAUGCUUACAGCAACCACCAAAAUAAUCAAUGGGAGAAUGUAGGUUGUCAGAUCACGCCGACCUCACGGUCGGGAGGACAUUUGAUUGGUCAAUGGCCGUUUUGGGGGCGGAAUUUACAAAAGGUCAGUUGCCUUUAUUUUUUGUAAAGCUUAACUUACUGGCUGCCAUUGAAGGUGUGAGGAGUCUAAUCUAUUUUGACUGAAAUGCCUGGCAGCUAUCGUUUGAUUGCUUCCAGACACUCCCAGUAAAAUGGAUUGGACGUCUUUCGCCGUCGUUGGCACUAAAACAUGACUGAGUUAAUGACUAUAAAAUAAAUAAAAUAUAAUCGGACCAGAGCUGUUCUUUGCAAAGGACAAAAAUAGAUGACUGAUCAGUACCGUUACAUUGUGUUCAUGAUCAUUCCUGUUUUUUUUCUACAGCUGUUGAAUGAGAAUUUCAUGUAUGUUUUAUAUAAUACAGUUAUAGAGAAACACAUUUUUGCAUACGUUUUUUUUCCAGUAUUCCCAACAUUAGCAAAAUUGCACGUGACCACACCAACACACUUUUCCAAGUAGCGUUUAUUUCAUAGGCACAAAGUGGGUGAAAGGUGUUUGAGCAUCCUUGUCUUCACAAUCCUCUCGUGCUUCCUCCCUUUUAGAAUCUCUGAUUUAAAAAAGCAGCAAAAAGAGACAAAAGGUCUGCCUCGAUGUCAGUUGAGCGAUAAUUCUGUCAAGAGGUAAGCAUGAGACAUUGUUCCUGACAUGGCUGGCCCAUUUUUCUCUCACUUUGCCUUCCUGGCAAGAUGAUCGGGUCACUGUCUGAGUACCUUAGCGGGCCCGAAGUGACCCAGGUUCUCGCAGGACUGGAGCCAGCGCUGGACAUUGGCGGGGGCUGAGGAGGCAGCGCCGGUGAGCAGAAGACAGCAGUAGCACGCCACGUCAGCCAGGGAGACUUCUCGCCCGACCAGCCAGGGCCCGCGGCCCAGAGUUGAGUUGAGGGCGCGCAGGACGACUGCCCGCUCCUUGGUGCCGCCCUCGGCCAACUGGAAAAAGGCCGCGUCCACCCAGUUAUCCACUAAGGUGGCUGACGCAACGUCGGACGGGUAUGGCGCCAGCAGUUUGAAGAGGAAGCGCGCCACGUUUGCCUCGCCUUCCACGGGGCACAUGUUCUGAACGUUGAACUUCAUCUGCAGUUUGGGGACUGUAAGAAGGAAACAGUAUCAGGUGGUUAUAAUUCACCACUUUGGAUGUGUUCAUUCUACCUACAACUCCUAGCAAAAAGUAUGGAAUCACCAGUCUCGGACGAGCGCUCACUCAGA